AUGGCGGUUCUAAUAGAGACCACUAUGGGUGACAUUGUUAUCGAUGUUUACGUAAGAGAAAGACCAAAGUGCUCGCUCAACUUCAUUAAAUUGUGUAAGAUGAAAUAUUAUAACCUGUGUCAGUUCCAUACUAUUGAGCAAAACUAUAUCGCUCAGACGGGUGAUCCUACAGGAACUGGUAGAGGAGGAGAAUCAAUAUUUAUGUCUUUAUAUGGAGAGCAAGCGCGGUACUUUGAGCGAGAGGACCUUCCAAAAAUGAAACAUACAAGAAUGGGUGUCGUUUCUUUUGUAAAUAAUGGCAAUAAUAUGCUGGGAAGUCAGUUCUUCAUUACUUUGGGGGAAAAUUUGGACUACCUCGACGACAAGCACACAAUUUUCGGUCAAGUUACAGAAGGGAUAGAUACACUAGAAAAGAUGAACGAACAACUGUGUGACGGUGAUCAUAAGCCCUACAGGGAUAUCCGGAUUGCUCACACUAUCGUAUUAGAUGAUCCGUUCGAAGAUCCACCUCGGCUUGAAUACCCUCGCAGAUCUCCUUCGCCUACUUUUGAAAUGCUCGUGCAGACGAAUAAAAUAGCACUUGAUGAGAAUGUGGACGACUUUGAAGGAAAAACUGCCGAAGAAGUAGCUGAGGAAAUUAAGAAACGUGAUAUGGCGGAACAGGCGCAGAUUCUUGAAAUGGUAAGUGAUAUCUUCGCACUAGUGGGUGAGGUCAGGUGA